CUUAAUGGGCUGUUAGCUCAUAAAAUUCCCCCCCCAUUUCAGAUCAGUAGAUCGAGGUAGCAGCCUCUCGGUUUAAGAGCUUUUGGCACGGGACUUGCAUGCUCGUUAACAACAACAAUGCCCCACAAAACACUGGUGGCAAUUCACAGCAAACAGUGGACUCUACUGAAGGAAAUGAGCAGUUGACAUUGGUGAAGCAAUUUCAGAACACGAACCCGCCUAGCUUCAAGGGAGUUCCUGAUCCCGAUGUGGCUGAGUCUUGGGUUAAGAAAUUAGAAAAGAUGUUCAAGCUCCUGAAAUGUACUGAUGGGCAAAAAGUAGAGCUAGCAGUGUUCCCAUUAGAAGGUGAAGCUGAUGAUUGGUGGACAGCUGCUCAAGAUGGGUUUUCUAAGAGAGGGGAGGAGCAAGAUGACAUGCCAGUUGAUGAGUAUCAAGCUAAAUUCAGUUCUCUUAUGAAGUUUGCUCCUCACCUUGUUAAUGAUGAAGUUAGGAAGGCAAGGAAGUUUCAAAGAGGGUUGAAAGCUUCCAUUAGGAACAAGGUGGUUCCUCAAAUGCUAAGACUUAUGAUGAGGUGCGAUAAGAACCAUGAGGGAAAAGAAUGUUAUUGGCAGACUGGGGCAUGUUUCAAGUGUGGGAAGACUGACCACUUGAUCAAGGAUUGCCCGAUUCUCAAGGGAGCAAGUCAGCAACUAAAGGAUCAAGAUAAUAAGAAGCCCAGGGUUCAAGGAAAAGUUUUUGCCAUCACAGAACAACAAGCUCAAAACACUCCUACAGUUAUAAAAGGUAAAAUACCUAUCUCUUUUGGGAAUGCCCAUGUGUUGAUUGACUCUGGAUCUACCCACUCAUUUGUGUCACCUAAGUAUGUGCCAUUUUUGCAUGUGGAGCAUGAGACCCUUGAUUGUGUGCUUGUGGUGAAUACUCCUUCUAAGGAGGUUUUAACAUCAAAAACCAUUUAUAGAUCUUGUAGAGUUAUGGUAGAGGGUAGAGUUUUGCUUGCCGAUUUUAUUUUGUUAGGCAUAGUGGAAUUUGAUGUCAUACUUGGUAUGGAUUGGUUGUCUACCCAUUAUGCCAUGGUUGAUUGUUAUGAGAAGGUGGUUACUUUUUCUGCUCCUAACCAGCCUGUGAUUCGGUUUGAAGGAGAAAAAGUUAGAUCAUUUCCAUUACUUGUCUCUUCCAUGCAAGCUGAUAAAAUGUUGCAGCAUGAGUGUUAUGGAUAUCUGGCAUAUGUUUUUGAAUCUAAAGACAAAGCAGUGUCUGUAGAAGGAAUUUGGGUAGUGGAAGACUUUCCUGAUGUUUUCCCUAAGGAGUUGCCUGGGUUACCUCCAAAUAGGGAGAUUGAGUUUACUAUAGACCUUGUGCUUGGUACUGCACCAAUAUCUGGAUCUGCCCUGCUCUGUUUUGCUCUGUCCGCCGGCUGCUCCUACUUUGUGGGGGUGAUUUGCUCCGAUUUUGGCCGUGAGCUUUCUUCUUCCAUGCCGCCGGCAACUUCCCCAACUUGCAGUCCGGUUUCUUUGCUUGCAAAUUCUGGUUCCCGAUCGUUCUGUCAGUUAGUACGUGAAUUGAGUGCUCGGUUUUAUGCGAGUGAGGAAACGAAACCGAGGACGGGGAAACCACGGGAAGUGACGAGUUAGAAGGCUAGCCAUUUUGUAAAGUGAUAUAGAUUUUAGAUAUUAAUCCUGAUCUUGUAUUUGGAGAUUUUAAUUGGAGAUUUAUGAUAUUAGAGCAAAUUAUAAGAUUUGAUCUUCAGUUUUUGGUGGUAUCAGAUGUGAGUUAGAUAAGUUCCG